GAGUAGUACAGACGAUCGAAAUGAACGUAGCGUGUCGUCAGCCUUGGAGUUACGGUAUUAGUUUAUAUUCGCUUUCAGUGAUGAAGACACAGUCACCCACACAGUAGAGAGGACGGACUGAGCAGAGAUCAAAAACUGGAAAAUCUUACACCGAUCCAAGAAAAAGAAAAGAAAGUGAGCUUUCAGCCUUUGUUUCUGUCAAAAACCGCCAUGACAAAACUGCCAUUUUUAGCAGGGGCGGUUUUAUCUAACCUCCUGAUUCUCAUGCACACGCGUCUUUAAAUGCUUCCAACACCUCUUCUUCACUUCGACCCACGAGUUCUUAACUUCUCUAUCUUGUCUCUCUCCCUCUCUUGCAGAGCUGAAACCAGAGAUUAACGAAGAGGGAGGGAGAGGGGUUGAUCUUUUUCAUGUUUGUGCUAUAUUUGUAUAUGGGUCUUGUCUCUAUUUGGGUUUUGAAUCUUAUCUCGAUGGAUAAUGGUAGGAAGGAAUGAUUUUAACUGAAAUUACGGGAGAAACAAACAAAUUAACAGUAAUAAAGGUAAGGGAUCAGAGAAGGAAAUAGAAACCAAAAAAAAUACAAACAUUAACUUGUUUACCUGUUGAUGCUCGCCAGUUUCUUCGCGUCUGGUUUUGAUCAUGAAACUUGUUUUUUUCUGUGCUUUGGUGGGUAGAGAAUCUGAACUUAUAAAAAGGAGAACUUUUUCUUAUUUGUUUUCCUUCUUUUAUUGCUUAAUCUGCGUUUGAUCAUGGAGGUUUCAGAAGUUUGAGAGGUUUAGGGGGAGAGAGAGAGAUUUUAUUAUAGGUUACAUUUCCGGUUUUCUGGUUUCUGGGUACUGGGUAUUGGGUAAGUGGUAGUUUUGUGUCAGAAGCACCAUCCUUUUUCUUGAUCAGUUGUAAUAAAGAUGGAAAUCCUCAAUUCUUUUUCCGUAUGUUAAGCGGUUCUGGAAGUCAGUUUUGCCAAUCUCUAAUUCUCUGAUUCAUGGCGGUUUCAUGGGUUCAAUGGCUUCAUCCUUCUCUGUAGGUUUAAUUCCCAAAUAUUGCAGGGGAACAAUAACUUUGGGAGAAUCUGAUAAGAGGAAGUGAUGCUUAAGAGAUCCAGAUCAGUGACCAGUAAGCAAGCUCUCAUGGCUGAUCAUGCUUCUCUGCCAUCUCCAACUGACAGAUACAUCAGGCAUGCUUCAUCUUUCUUCAGUUCUCCAAGGUCGUUUACAGGCUUCGCUUCAAAGGGGUUUUCUGAGACGGAUUCAUUGGUGAGCCCAACUUCAAUUCUUGACAUUAAACCAUUCUCUGGUCCUGGAACUCCAACCUUUUCCGACAGAAGCAGUUCCAAAUCCCCAGAACCCAGUCUGGAGAACAAGCAUCCAUGGGAGAAACUAGAAUCAGGAGGGGUUGGGCUUGGUCUUGUUGAUGCUCUCAGUGAUGAUAAAUUUAACAACUUCUCCAAACCUGAUAGCCGGAUGGUUCUGUUUGGAUCACAGCUAAAGAUUCAAAUUCCUCCUUUCCCACCAUCCGUUCUCUCUCCAGCUGAUUCCCCCAAAUCCCCUGCAGAUUUCGGCAUCAAGACUCGAAAUUCUCAGUUGGGUUUUUUCUCUCCAGGUUCAGUGAACAAAUCUCCAUUUGGGUCUGUGAAUCCAGGCCUUGAAACUCCUACAACUCCUCGAGUUUUCACAGGUUGUCUCUCUGCGAGCGAAAUGGAACUUUCUGAAGAUUAUACUUGUGUAAUCUCCCAUGGACCGAACCCUAAAACAACACAUAUCUUUGAUAAUUGCAUUGUAGAGAGUUGCUGUGGAGUUGUUGGGUUUUCUGCAUCGAGAAAGGAGAAUUUUUUCUCCGAUCAGUCUCGCUUCCCUUCUGAAAAUUUCCUCAGUUUCUGCUACGCAUGCAAGAAGAAUCUAGGACAGGGGAAAGACAUCUACAUGUACAGGGGAGAGAAAGCGUUUUGCAGCAGCGAAUGCCGUUACCAGGAGAUGAUGUUCGAUGGGGGAAUUGAGAAGCAUGAUUUGGAUUAAGAUCUUGGAAUCUGUUCUUGAUUCUUCCCAAUCUCUUCUCUUUAUCUCUGUUUUGGGUUUUCCUGCAAGUUGAAUUUGGGUAAUUUGUAAAUUCUCAAUUUUUCUAUAUACCGGUACCAAUCAAACCAAGGAAUGGAGAGUCCAGAGUCCAGAGUCCAGAGUAGACUGAGUUGAUUCGACUAUUAAUCUGCCUGGAUAUACGACUGGAUCUACUUCAAUUUAGGUGUUUCUUUAUCCUGUUCAUGUCGAUUUCCUCCUUUUUUUUCCCUCAAUUGUUCUUGUUGGAGAUGGAUUUUGGUAGUGAUUACUGAAGGAGACUGAGGUUGGGUUUUUUUAAUCAAUAGUUUUUGUUUUUCCAUAAGGUUGAUGAUUGAUGAACUUUGCCAUUAUCUUUCUUUAUUUUAUGAUAAUAAUCAAUCAUCAUUCAUGGCCGAUUCUCUUUUC